AUGUACCAGAGACACCAGCGGACCUCACAGCUCUAUGGUAUGUACCAGAGACACCAGCGGACCUCACAGCUCUAUGGUAGGUACCAGAGACACCAGCAGACCACACAGCUCUAUGGUAUGUACCAGAGACACCAGCAGACCACACAGCUCUAUGGUAUGUACCAGAGACACCAGCAGACCACACAGCUCUAUGGUAGGUACCAGAGACACCAGCGGACCUCACAGCUCUAUGGUAUGUACCAGAGACACCAGCAGACCACACAGCUCUAUGGUAUGUACCAGAGACACCAGCAGACCCCACAGCUCUAUGGUAUGUACCAGAGACACCAGCAGACCACACAGCUCUAUGGUAGGUACCAGAGACACCAGCAGACCACACAGCUCUAUGGUAGGUACCAGCGGACCACACAGCUCUAUGGUAUGUACCAGAGACACCAGCAGACCCCACAGCUCUAUGGUAUGUACCAGAGACACCAGCAGACCCCACAGCUCUAUGGUAUGUACCAGAGACACCAGCGGACCUCACAGCUCUAUGGUAUGUACCAGAGACACCAGCAGACCACACAGCUCUAUGGUAUGUACCAGAGACACCAGCAGACCACACAGCUCUAUGGUAUGUACCAGAGACACCAGCAGACCACACAGCUCUAUGGUAGGUACCAGAGACACCAGCAGACCACACAGCUCUAUGGUAGGUACCAGAGACACCAGCAGACCACACAGCUCUAUGGUAGGUACCAGAGACACCAGCGGACCUCACAGCUCUAUGGUAUGUACCAGAGACACCAGCAGACCACACAGCUCUAUGGUAGGUACCAGAGACACCAGCAGACCACACAGCUCUAUGGUAAGUACCAGAGACACCAGCAGACCACACAGCUCUAUGGUAGGUACCAGAGAUACCAGCAGACCACACAGCUCUAUGGUAGGUACCAGAGACACCAGCAGACCACACAGCUCUAUGGUAGGUACCAGAGACACCAGCAGACCACACAGCUCUAUGGUAGGUACCAGCGGACCACACAGCUCUAUGGUAGGUACCAGAGACACCAGCAGACCACACAGCUCUAUGGAAGGUACCAGCAGACCACACAGCUCUAUGGUAGGUACCAGCGGACCACACAGCUCUAUGGUAGGUACCAGCGGACCACACAGCUCUAUGGUAGGUACCAGCGGACCACACAGCUCUAUGGAAGGUACCAGCAGACCACACAGCUCUAUGGUAGGUACCAGCGGACCACACAGCUCUAUGGUAGGUACCAGAGACACCAGCAGACCACACAGCUCUAUGGUAGGUACCAGCAGACCACACAGCUCUAUGGUAGGUACCAGAGACACCAGCAGACCACACAGCUCUAUGGUAGGUACCAGAGACACCAGCAGACCUCACAGCUCUAUGGUAGGUACCAGAGACACCAGCAGACCACACAGCUCUAUGGUAGGUACCAGAGACACCAGCAGACCAAACAGCUCUAUGGGAACAUGCCUCCCAUAGUCACGGAGCCUCUGGAGAUCUGGGCCACAGUGAACUCUACAGUCCGAGUGCAGCUGUCAGCUCGAGACUCAAACGGAGACCCCAUCUCCUUCUCCCUGAGGUUCCCCCGACCUCUGCGCGUCAAUCUGGACGGCAGCGGCGUGUUGUCGUGGACCCCCCUCAGCCUCAGCCCGGUCCAGAUCCAGGUGAAGCUAAGUGACUCAGCCUCCAGCUCUCUGUUCGUGCCCACCCUCAAACUGUGCAACUGUGUGAACGGAGGCACCUGCCAGUACCACCGCCCCACACAGAGCCACCUGCUGGGCAAGUUCCAGGUGGUCGGCUGUUUGUGUCGUCCAGGGUUUGGAGGAGCAUUUUGUGAAAAGGCCACAGACGUUUGUAACGGACUUCCCUGUUUCCCGGGAGUGGCCUGUGCUCCUGUGUUUCCAGCCGGAGACUUCCGCUGUGGGCCGUGUCCCGACAAAACUGUGGCUAACGGAAAAGAAGGCUACAAGUGCUUUGAGCAAGACUUCUGCCAGCCUCCUCACGACUUCCCGUGCCACAAAGACGCCGUUUGUAAAAGUGGAAGAUCCGCCUUCAACUGCACUUGUAAGUCUGGAUUCUCUGGGAACGGCUUUAACUGCACAGAUACACAGACGGAAAGAAUACUGACGGAUGUGGUAACUCGGCCAAUCCUCCAGGAUCAAAUAUAUUCAAAAUGUCUGUGGGAUGGCGGGAGCAGAAUGGACUCCAAAAGAUGA